GGCCGGGAAAGGCUCUGGCUCCUGAUUUUCAGAGGCAGCAAAUGCCGGGAGAGAACGGCACUCAGAAGUACAAAAUGGAAGACGAGGAGCCAACCGGGCCUGGGCCAGGGCAGAGGCAGAUGGAGGAGGAGGCAGAUGGAGGAGGAGGAGGAGAACCCCACGCGGUCCAAAUUGGUGCCCCGGGGAAGCUUUGGACCAAAGCAGUUCCGCAACACAUGAAGCAAGAAGCCAAUGAAGGGCGGCUGGAGCGGGGCUGGGAUGCUCGGAGGCAGGGGAUCCUGGAGACAGUGCAGGCCUCGCAAGCAGAGAGGAGAGCCCCGCAAGGGCCUGGUCUUCUGGGAGAGGACACAAAGGAAUUCCAGGCUUCUGUCAAGGGAGAAGCUGAUGCCGGCCAAGAGCUUGGAAGAGGGAGCGGGCCCCUCUGUGAGGCCUGUAGCCCCCUGGAUUCCUCCGGAGGAGUGAAGGAAGAGAUAGUGGAGGAGGAGGAGGCGGAGGCGGCAGCAGCCAGCUUGGAAAUCCAGCACCCACCCUUCAGGGACUCCUGUGGCCAAGAGGCGGAGGAAGCCCAAGAGCUACCAGGGACUCUCACAAAUGUGGCCGGCGAUUACCCCAGGUCAAGGCAGAAUUCAGUUGCUGCAAAGGACCAUCUUUCACUGGAGGUCAAGGAAGAGGGUCACGAGGAGGCCAACUUGCUGGGCUGUGACCAAACAUGGGCAAGGGCAAAGGAGGCUUACCAACUGGGAAGACAUGACCAAAUAGACAUCCAGGAAAUAUCCUUGGAAAGAGCCAAGGGGAUGUGUUUCUGGAGUUCUGAGGUAGAAGAGAUUUAUAGAAGUCCAGAAGGACUAGAAACUCAGCAGGAGAACUAUCAGUGGAUGAGCACAGAACAUGCCAUUCUUCUUGGGGAAAGCAAGAAUGAUUCAUGUAAAGGAACCUUCCAAGACAGGCAUGAGGUGAUAAAGGUGGACUCAGGGUGUGGAAAACACUUCUGUCAGAGCUUUGGCCAUCCCAAGAAUCAGAAAAUGCAAAAGGGGGAAAAGCUUCAUGCAUGCACAUACUGUGGGAAAAUUGCUAAUAGGAGAGCGGACCUUAUUGUACAUGAGAGAACCCAUACUGGAGAGAAACCGUAUGAGUGCUCUGAGUGUGGGAAAAGCUUCAACACCACCUCUUACCUUACAAAACACAAAAGAAUACACACAGGAGAGAAACCAUAUAAGUGUUUGGAAUGUGGACAAAGCUUCUGCCAGAAAGGGAACCUUGUUUCACAUGUGAGAAUCCACACAGGGGAAAAACCUUAUCAGUGUGUGGAAUGUGGACAAUGCUUUAGCCAAAGGAAAAUCCUUGAGAAACACCAGAGGAUCCACACGGGAGAGAAACCAUAUAAGUGUUUAGAAUGUGGACAACGCUUUAGUCAAACAUCACAUCUUCUCACACACAGGAGGACCCACACAGGAGAAAGACCUCAUAAAUGCUCAGACUGUGAAAAAAGCUUUAACCAGAAAGGAGACCUUGUUAUACACAGGAGAAAGCAUACUGGACAAAAACCCUAUGAAUGCUCUGAAUGUGGGAAAAGUUUUAGCACUAGCUAUCAAUUCAUAAAUCAUAAAAGGUUACACACAGGGGAGAAACCUUAUACCUGCUCAGACUGUGGGCAAAGCUUCAAUUGGAAGUCAAACCUUAUUACACACCAGAGAAUACAUACUGGUGAGAAACCUUAUGAAUGUCCCAGCUGCAGAAAAAGUUUUAGCGAUAAAUCUUCUCUUACCAAGCACCUGCGAACACACACAGGGGAGAAACCAUACAAAUGCUCAGACUGUGGACAAAGCUUCAAUUUGAAAUCAAACCUUAUUACACACCAGAGAACCCAUACUGGGGAGAAGCCAUAUUCAUGCCCUCAGUGUGGAAAAAGCUUGAGUCACAGAUCCUCUCUUACCAAGCACAUGAGAACCCAUACAGGGGAAAAGCCUUAUGACUGCCUGACCUGCGGGAAAAGUUUCAGCCGGAAGUCCACCCUCGUGAGGCACAAGCGCACCCACACGGGAGAGAAGCCCUACGAGUGCUCCGUGUGUGGGAAGAGCUUCAGCAUCCGCUGUAACCUUUUGCGUCAUGAGAGGGUCCACACAGGCGAGAAGCCCUACCAUUGCACUGACUGUGGCCAGAGCUUCAGCCGAAGACUUUUGCUUGUGAUUCACGAAAGGACCCAUGCAGGAGAGAGUCCCCACCAGUGCACCGAUUGUGGGAAGCGCUUCACUCAGCGUUCAAGCCUCACCAUCCACCGGAGAAUCCACACAGGAGAGAAGCCCUACCCCUGUCCCCAGUGUGGGAAAUGCUUCCGGCAGAGCUCAAACCUUCUGAAACACCAGAGAAUUCACUCAGGAGAGAGGCCCCAUCGAUGCCAGGAGUGUGGGAAGUGCUUCGCCCAGCGCUCACACCUCCUCAUCCACCAAAGGACCCACACGGGGGAGAUGCCCUAUGUGUGCUCCAAGUGCGGGGAAAGUUUCAGCCAGCAUCGGGGCCUCAUCGCUCACAAGAGAGUCCACACCGGAGAGGCAACCAGAGGCUAUGGCUGUCCCAGCUGCGGGAAGCAGUUCCAGCAGAAUUCGGAUCUCAAUAAACAUUUGCGAAUUCAUACAGGGGAGAAGCCCUACAGCUGCUCCGAAUGUGGGAGACGUUUCCGCUACAGCUCCAAUCUCAGUAAACACCAGAGAACUCACAAGGGAGAGAAAUCUGCCCACUUGCAGCGGUGGAAUCUCGGUGGCAGCCCCGCGGGCAUCGCCACCUCCGGCAGCAGCAACCUUGGAGACAGCUGUGCUUGGUGCUCCUGCCCGGUCACUGCGGAAAUGGCUGCAGAGCAAAGAUCUAAAGAAGCUGAAGGCUCCCAGACCCAGGUUGCCUCAGAGCAUCCGGCUGUCAAAAUGGAGGACCAUGACCCAGUGGGCCACAAACCUGCUGAGGGAGCAGAAAAAGCCGGGAAAUUGCCCCGCCUCAUUCAGGUUGGAACCAUCCGAGAGUUCCUCAACUGGGCUGCGCCGCUGCAGGUGAAAGAGGAACCGGAGGAGGAGCUGCCGGAGCACUGGGAAGCGCAGUGGCAGGAGUUCCUUCUGGCCAUGCAGUCCUCGCAUUUGGGGUGGGGAAGCCCACAGCUGACAGAGGAGGGUGCGCCGUGGGGGGAUAACAAGGCCUUCUUUGCCUCCUUUGAGCGGCUGGCCGGGACCUCCCAGCUGCCCAGGCGGGAAUGGUUGGCUCGUCUGCUGCCAGUCUUGAGCAAAGAGGCCAAGGAAGCCUACAGCAGCCUCAGCCUCCAAGACAGAGGGGAGUAUGCCAAAGUCAAGGCGGCCAUCUUGAAGGUGGACGCCAUCCGGACAGAGGCGCAGCGCCAGCGCUUCCGGCAGUUCCGCUACCACGAGGCCAGGGGCCCCCGGGAGGUGUGCAGCCAACUGCGGGAGCUCUGCCGGGGGUGGCUGAAGCCGGAGAAGCACACGAAGGAGCAGAUUUUGGACCUCCUGGUCUUGGAGCAGUUCCUGAGCCUCCUGCCCCAGGAAAUCCAGAGCUGGGUAAGGGAGCAUGGCCCAGAGACGUGUGCCCAAGCAGUGCCUCUGGCAGAGGCAUUCCUGCGGCGGCGGCGAGAGGCCGAAAGGAGGGAGAAGCAGACACGGGAAGCCCAGGUUGUGAGCAGGCCUGAGACAAAGCACUCGUCCGUAGGCGCCGGGCUGCAGCAGACGUGCAGAGAGGUGAAGCAAGAAGGUGCCCGAGCAUUGGACUCAGUCAGUUCUAGUGGUGCUGGUAUGGAGAAGAAGGCUAACGGAAGCGCUGAAAAUGGGCUGAAGGGUCCUAGCAGCAGACUGCAGGCAGCACAAAGGAACUUCCAGAGUCCUGACAGCAGAAAGCUUUUCCACCAGAACCAAGGUCUUGUUAAACACCAGAGAGUCCACACAGCAGAGAGUCCCCAUCAGUGCCCCGACUGCGGGAAGCACUUUACGCAACGCUCAAGCCUCACUAUUCACCGGAGAAUCCAUACUGGAGAAAAGCCUUACCCGUGUCCUCAGUGUGGGAAAUGCUUCCGUCAGAGCUCGAACCUUCUCAAGCACCAGAGAAUUCACUCAGGGGAGAAGCCACACCAGUGUCCAGAGUGUGGGAAAUGCUUUGCGCAGCGCUCCAACCUUCUUAUCCACCAGAGGACUCACACUGGAGAGAUGCCCUAUGUUUGUUCAGAGUGUGGGGCCUGCUUCAGCCAGCACCGGGGUCUCAUCACUCACCAGAGGAUCCACAUGGAAGAGAUGCCAUUUGGAUAUGGUUGCCCAGACUGUGGGAAAUGUUUCCAACAGAAUUCGGACCUUACAAAGCACCUGAGAGUCCACACUGGUGAGAAGCCAUACAGCUGUCCUGAGUGUGGGAAGAGCUUUAGUUACAGCUCCAACCUCAGCAAACACCAGAGAAUCCAUACGGGGGAGAAGCCUUACCUCUGCAAUGUGUGUGGGAAGAGCUUCAGCCACUUGUCAACCCGCAACACACAUCAGAGAGUCCACACAGGAGAGAGGCCAUAUGGCUGCACUGAGUGUGGAAAAAGGUUCAUAUCCAGCUCAAAGCUCACGAGACACAUGAGAACGCACUCAGGGUAUACCCCAUACAUCUGCAACGAAUGUGGGCGGAGCUUCAAUUCCCACUCUACCCUGACUACACAUCAGAGAAUACAUUCGACUGGGAGUCACAGCCUGGGAAAUUCUUUUGAAGCACAGCAGGGUCCCAGCAAUGUCUCAGGAAGGGUAUCGCCUCUGUGACUGAUGCCUCUUCUGUUCCUUAUGUAGCCUGUUCUGGUCAUAUAGAGAGGUCUGCUGUGAUACUUACAGAAAGGGUGCUAGUCCCUAAGAAGUUGGGAUUUGCAGGCCUGCGCAGUGCAGGCAGGAAGUGAGAAAUAGGGAAGGAUAUAGGAUUAGUCUGGUGGUUUGGAAAAUAGAGGUAGGGAGAAAAAAUAGGGUAGUCAGAGGGAUGGAAGUGAGAUUUCAGGCUUAUAUUUUCAAUUAGUUUUAGGAGCAGAAUAAAUUCUAGUGCAAAACAGAGGUCCUCCAAAGCUUGUCUUAGGCAGCCUCCCCAAAACACCAAAAUGGCUCCUUCUCAUAAAAUCUGCUUGGGCUGCUAUUUAGCCAUUCAGUAGUUAAAUAGAACCUCCAGGUUCAGACAUAGUAUACCUCUGAGUACCAGGUAGGUAAAGCUGAGCUGCUCAGGAAACUUCUCAUUGAACUCCAUGGGAAGUGGAAAGCUGGAUGAUAGACAGAUCAUCAAAAAGCAAAGUGUAGCUGUAUGGGUCCCGUAAGGAAAGAAAUCCUCCAAAAUCCACAGUCAGGCAACCGAUAAUGUCAUAAAAUAGCACACAGACUUUCAAGUUUUCUAGAAUUCUGCAUCAGGGUGGACCUUAAGUAAAUCAGGCAGUGGGGGAAAAUGAGCAGUUGGUUUGCUUUCAAGUUUCAGAUUGCUCUGAAUCACCUUAUAUGUGUGCAAGACAGAAAACCAUCCCUUUUAAGGGCUUCUUUUGUCUAAACAGGCAUAGAAUUGUGUCCUGUAUAGCCAGCCUGGCACUUAAGAACUGAGUUGUGAUCCUUCACUCUGAGCCUCAAGCUCACAUGUCAAGUCCAUCAUAAAACUCACUAGGUGCCUUCUGGAUUGGCGAAUCACUGUUCCCUCCAGGGCUGCCCGUUCGCUCCGCAGCAGCAGGAGGGCAAUAAUCCUGGCCUACCUUAGAUCACUGUUUGUAGAGAUUACGAAGAAAAUACGUAUGUUCUGAACAUUCUGAAGUGCAAUCAGUGUGCAGAAUAGCCCACUGCACAGACACAGCCCAAAUCUUGUCCCUAGAAACCGAACAGACAAGAUCAGCAAUGACAGGUUGAGAGGCACUGUUCCUCUGUAUAUUAGUUGCUACGGAUAAAAGUGACAGCCAACUGUGGCACUUCUUUCCUGCAAGCAAGCUUCCCAGGAGGUAUCUGGUGGACCUCUGUGGGUUCUGGCUGUGGAUCAAGAGUAUUCUCCCCCCCCCCCCCCGAGUGUUCAGAGAAGAUCUUGGAGGCCACAUUCCCAUGGUGGGCAGGGCUGAAGACAAAGAGAGCAGGGCCCAAAAUAGCUAAAUCUUGUGGCUAGAAGUUCUGCGUGCCGGUAACUAGGCCUUAAAAAGGGGGUAUUUCUACUUUUCAGAAAGGGGAAAAAACUGCACAAGUGCCAGGAAACCACCAAACAAUUGAUGAUUGUGGAUAAGGGAACAUGGCCUUCUAGAAAACCUCAAAGGGAUGGUUCUUCAUUCUUGGAUUUGAUGGAACUGGCCUUAGAAUGGGACUGAAAAAAUGAAGAGGUGGGGAAGAUUCUCGGGCUGGGGAACUGGAGCAGAUUUAAUCCACGUCUCAAAACUGGCCCUGUAUCAGCUUUUCUCCCUCCUUUGUAAGCAAUUCUCCGCUGUUUCACUUCUCGGGGCAGAACAAAAUAUUUCAUCUGUGUGGGAAACUCUUGUGGCAAUAUCAGCAAAUGGUCUGAGGGAGGGCUGGGCCAACCUCAGCCUUGCAGGAUUCACUUGAUUUUUUCAGUAGAACCCCGAGAUCCCCUGACGAGCCUCAAGAAAAAAAGAGUUCUGUCCUGUUCUUAAAUAGAGCUUACAGUUCACUACACAAAAAGUCAACCUGGGUGAUCCCAAGGUAUAAUUUGGGGUGGAGGUGCUAAAAUUCUGUCAUUUUGUUGCUGCUAGAAUUAAAGAUUGGGGAGUCAGAAAUCUUUAUUGCUCUACUACAAAUUACCCCACAACCUGCUAGUAUAUUCAUAUCUUCUGCCCAUUCCUGCUGUAGAACAGAGAGAUCCCCUGUCCCUCCAUUGCUGGGAUUCUUAGACUUGAGCCGCAAGGCCUGUCAUAGUUAAAGAAGUUAACUCUAGACGACGGGAGAGGGAUGGGCUGGAGCUUAAGUGUUAGCAGACCUGCUUUGAGAACAGAAGGCCCCACGUUUGAUCCCCAGUAUCUUUAGGUAGUGCUGGGAAAGCUGCUACAUGAAACCACAAAGAGCUGCUGCCAGUUUGUGUUGACAAUACUGAGUUAGAUGGAUGCAUCAUCUGACUGAGUACAACUUCCUGGGAGAGAUGCACAGUAGCAUGUCUCCUUAAUCUUGAUGUCUUGCACACUCAGAUUUCAUGUGUAGCAGAGUUGUCAGGACACCCCGUUGCAUUCUGGAAUUCCCAACUCUCCGACCUGUUAUUUUCUCACCUGAUUUUGAUCUUCCCCACCUUCCCAUUCCUGCAACAUUGCCCUGCAAGCUCAAGGAACCUUCUGCCUCAUCUUUCACUUUGGUAUCAGUUUCCACCAUUCCCCGUCCUUUGCCGUCCGUGAUCUUGACUGCCUCUCCUUUGGUGACUUUUAGGCCACUGUUUUCCUGUGCACCCAAUUUUGCUUUUUGGAUCAUUGGGUUUUUGUGUGCAUAUGUGUGAAUUUGCUCCUUGUCCUUUUUCAAGUGUGUAGCUGCACAGCUGUGCACAAUAGUAUGUCCUGAUUGUUUUGUCAUCUGUACAUCUGCAGAGCUGCGCACAACUGCACAGACUGGAUUUCAUAUUUACAUGGUGAAACUUUAAAUGCCUGGCAUCAACAGGCCAUGCAGCUGCUAGCACAGGCUGAGGUGUGGUGGUGGGAAGGAAUUGAAUGAAGCAGUUGUACUUGCUGUUACUUCUUUUCUGCUAAUUACAGAAAUUCUCCCACACGUGUAUUUAUAUUUUCUGAGGCUGGACCAAUGCUUAAGGAUAAGCUCAAGGACAGGCUAGCCAUGCACAUGGUAGGCAUGUUGUGAGCGGAGCCAGCUAGAGCCGGGGGUCAGACUAGAUGGCCCAGGAGGCCCCUUCUGACUCACUCUGUUUCUAUAUUAAGCAAGUAAUUCUGACUUCACAGAUAUUUCCAGUUGAAAGGUACCUUUGGGGAUGAGGUGAAAUCAAGAUCCCACAACAGAACUGUGGGUUUGACUACUCCAAACUACCCUACAUGUUGGGGUGCAGAGUUUCUUUCUGGCUGGAGGUCCAGUUCCACUUUAGUGAUACCCUUCCAGCAGGGCCUGAAGCAAAAAGGGGCAGGACCAAAAUACCAGCACCUGUUCGCUUAAAGCUCUUACUGCCAGAGCUUUCAGCCCUUUUGAAGGGGGCACAAACUGCACAAAAGCUGGGAAAUCACUCGCUGAUCCCUGGCUGGGGAAGAGGGAUGGGGCCUGGGGAAGAGAGCGCGGCUGUCGGCUUUGGUGCCAAGGUCUGAGGUUCUGCAUCAUUCUUGUAUAUCUCAUGUACAGCCCUUGGUAUGUUAAAAACGCACUGCAUUAGUAGCCAAGCAUGGAGGUAAUGCCGUUGUGCAUGAGUCAGAUGCAGAAUGGUGGGGGAGAGCGGAGGGUGCCUGGGAACCGCGUCUGUGGAAGGGGAGCCAUAGUUCCACUAGCAAGAAGGAGCAGCGGAGCGUGGCCUUGGCAGCACAAGCGACUGAAAUGUGGCUCUUCCAAAGAAUCUUUUCUGCUGUGGACGGGAGGGGGAGGUUUAUUCUCCCACAGUUCUGGGCUUAGUAGUGACAGCUCCUGGGCAAAGACCAGAAUUUGUGUGUACUUAUGUGCUUUGGGAAAGAAUCUGCAUUAAGAAGAGCUGGAUUUGGGGAAUUGUAUAUAUAAACUUUUUGAAUUCA